ACAUAUGUCCUCAAUCCCAUCUUAUGCUUAAUUCAUGUCUGCAGUGCCAAUAGAAUUUAAUCCUCCUCUCUCUCUUCUUUAAACUAACAUCCAUAACGCCCCAAAUUCUUCUUAAUUCUCUGCGUUUAUUCUGCAACCAGAAAACAGAGAUAAUGGCCGAACCUCACCACCACGGAGUUUCCGGCGUUGCAGAUUUUGAACCUGCAAAAAAACUAAAGGGAAACAAACUGGCCAUUGCUUGCUCCAUAUUCGCUUGCAUGACUUCCAUUUUGAACGGUUAUGACACUGGGGUGAUGAGUGGAGCUGUGAUCUACAUUCAGAGAGAACUCAAAAUCAGCGAGACUCAGGUGGAAACACUGGGGUGAUGAGUGGAGCUGUGAUCUACAUUCAGAGAGAACUCAAAAUCAGCGAGACUCAGGUGGAAGUACUUAUGGGUAUACUCAACUUGUAUUCCUUAAUCGGCUCCUUCGCUGCUGGAAGAACCUCCGACUGGCUUGGUCGCCGGUACACUGUCGUGAUCGCAGGUGUUAUUUUCUUCGUCGGAGCUCUUCUCAUGGGGUUUUCUACAAACUAUGCUUUUCUCAUGGUGGGUCGAUUUGUGGCUGGUAUCGGCGUCGGUUUCGCUCUCAUGAUUGCUCCCGUGUACACCGCCGAGGUCUCUCCGGCAGUAAGCCGCGGCUUCCUCGCCUCAUUUCCUGAGGUGUUCAUCAACAUCGGAUUAUUACUUGGAUAUGUAUCCAAUUACGCAUUCUCGGGGCUUCCGAUGCACUUGGCGUGGCGGAUGAUGCUUGGAGUGGGUGCAAUCCCCUCCGCGGGCUUGGCCAUUGGGAUCCUUUUCAUGCCGGAGUCGCCACGGUGGCUGGUCAUACAGGGCCGCCUCGGCGAGGCCAAGAAGGUCCUUAACAAAAUCUGUGAGUCCAAAGAAGAAGCUCAAAACAGGCUCAACGACAUUAAAGAGGCUGCCGGAAUCCCUCAAGACUGUAACGAUGAUAUUGUUCAAGUUACAAAACACAGCCAAGGCAAAGGCAUUUGGAAAGAGCUAUUCAUCCACCCCACUCCCUCCGUUCGACAUGUCUUAAUCGCCGCCCUUGGAAUCCACUUUUUCGAGCAAGCCUGUGGCAUGGACUCCGUUGUACUCUACAGUCCUAGAAUCUUCGCAAAGGCUGGAAUCGCAUCAAACAGCCACCAGUUCCUUGCCACCAUCGCUGUUGGAUUGGUCAAGACCACUUUCAUCUUGAUUUCCACGUUCCUCUUAGAUCGGGUGGGGCGGCGGCCAUUGCUCCUUGGCAGCGUUGCUGCAGUGACAAUUUCCUUGGGUACCCUCGCGACAGCACUCACCAUAAUCGACCACUCAGAGAAAAAGCUGACAUGGGCAUUGGUGCUAUGCAUAGUGGCGGUCCUAUCAUGCGUUGGCUCAUUUUCAAGCGGACUGGGACCAAUUACAUGGGUGUACACUUCGGAGAUCUUCCCGUUGAGGCUACGUGCACUAGGGGCGAGUGUGGGAGUGGCGGUGAAUAGGACGACGAGUGGGAUUAUAGCCAUGACAUUCAUUUCACUGUACAAAGCCAUAACGAUUGGCGGUGCGUUCUUCCUGUACGCCGGAAUUGCGAUGGUGUCGUGGAUUUUCUUUUACAUGAUCUUACCGGAGACUCAGGGGAAGACGUUGGAGGAGAUGGAGGG